AUGGAUCAACCACAACAACCAUCACAAUCGUCGACAUUAUCGACAACUCCAUCAAACAUCUUGGCCAUGCUCCCUCAACAACAAGGUCAUUUGACACAACAACAUGUUGCAACGACACAUCCAUACUUUCCAAAUCAUCAUUUACAACAUCAUGUUUCAACCACACCACAACAACAUGCUCAAUAUUUCAUUUACCAUGAAGAAGAUGUCUCUCAACUCACUUUACAAAUCACUCCUCAAUAUAGACAAUAUGUGUUGGAGGAAAUGCAAUCAUUUCAAUUAAGAGAACAACAACAACAAAUGGCAUUGUCACAAAGUACCCAUCAAGAAGAAGUGCAACAAUUCGAACUGCUCCAAUCUUCGUGGCCACAACAACAACAACCAAUGGUGGUUAUGAACGAACCAUUACAGCAGCAGCAACAACAACAACCCUCGAUGCUCAGUUCCUUGUGUCCACCUACGGUCAUGACAGCAUCUCUUCCUCCAACCAUAUUGCUACCCUCUCAAAUGAGUAGUGCUUCAACCACCACUUCAAUGAUCAUUUCGACAACUCCUUCGACAUCCUCUUCAUUGACACCUCCUAAUUCAACUCCAACAACACCUAUUGUUGGACCAACCACAGCCACAAUGGGAUUUCCUUUGAGUGCCAUAGGACCAUUUCCCAAUGCAACAAGUUUUAAUUAUUCUCAGACCCAACAACAACAACAACAACCUUUUGGAAUGGGUAUGAAUAUCUCAUCAGCAGGAGUCAUUUCAUCUUCUUCAACAUUGACCACGAGCUUAAUUCCAGCAUCAUCCUCGUCGUCGUCGUCACAACAACACACUGAACAAUCAACCACAGCAGGAAAAGUUAAAAAGAAAAAGGCAACUCCUUCAAGAUUAACCAUUUCAUCUGCUUCAUCAUCGAUGAAGAAUGAAAAUUUAACACCCAAUCAAUUAGAACAGAGUCAAUCGACAAUUGCAACAUCUCAAACCAUGUUCAUUGAUGAGAAAGGAAGAGGAAGACCACAAUCACCAACUCACAAAGCCAAAAGAGGAAGACCACGAGCCAAAACACCACCCUAUGAAGUAAAUAUAGGUGACAAUUUAUAUGGAACAUAUAAAAGCAGUAGUAGUAGUUUCAAGACAGAAGGCUCUCCAAGUGGUGCUGGUGCUGGAGUGAAGAAACUAGCGAUUCUCACACCACAAGCAAGAUUUCAAAACGAAAACCAAAAAAGUGAAAACUCUGCCAAUCAUGUUCACGCAAUUAAGGUUUUUUUGUUGAAGGGAUGA